UAUAUACACGAUUUUCCCUUCGCCUCAUCACUCAGCAACGUAUAGUAUAAGAAUUAGGUGAUCUCUGCAAUAAAUCAACAAAAAUGUCUCGGCUGAUUCUUGUUUUCAUCGCCACUCUUUCACUGAUUUCUAGCUCUGCAAUGGGGAUUGCGCCCACGUGUGACUUCGUAGUACUACAGUUAAACCCUUGCCUUUCUUACCUAAUGAGAACCGAAGCAACACCACAUAAUUCUUGUUGUUUAGGAGUCAAUAACCUGAAGGGGUAUUCAAAUGACAAGACAGCUCGACGUACAAUCUGCCAGUGCAUUGAGCAGGCCGCCCCAACUUAUAAAGGGAUUGAUUAUUCCCUUAUCAGUGGCCUUCCACAAAAAUGUGGAGUUUCUGUGAAGCUUCCUGCCGUUUCUCCUAGUUUCGAUUGCUCCAAGGCGUAAAGAGAAGUCCAAGAGCUCAGCAAUCGAAUAAAUGCUAUUCUACGAGGAUCCACGCAUAGUGAUGCUUCGUUUGCUGAAUAAUUUCUCGAUUAAGAACAAAUAUUAUGUCAUGAAUUAAUAAAGCCUUGAGUUACAUAUUACUUCAUAAUAAUAAAUAUUAUUGUUUUUCA